ACAACUGUCUGUAACUCCAGACCCAGGAGAUCUGACGCCUUUCUGGCCUUCACAGGCAGUGCAUGUACACAAUGCACAGACAUAUAUAUAGGCAACAACAUCGAUACAUAUGAAAAUGAAGGUGAAUUUUUCUUUAAAGAAAUGACUCUAAAUCUAGCCAUCUGCUCCCACAUCAAGUGCACAUACAUGCUACUGCCAUGGUUUCAUCCCCCUCCCCCUCUGUACAUACACAUCCCAUAAUAACCUGGCAAUAGAAGUCUCAUUAUUUCCCACAGCUGAGAAUAAAAGGGACCCUUGUGUCAAAGCAGUGUCCCAUGACCCAGAUCUAAGUAUAAAUAGAGCAGAAGUCCUAAGUUUCUCCAAACUAUAGUCUUGCUAAUGAAGUCAUUAGACCUGUUUUAGCCAUGUUAGAUAUUCUUCUUUUUAAGGUUUUACGAGAGUUGUUUGUAGCAGAGUCAAUUAGCCAAGAAUUCACAUCAUUACUCCGUCACAUGGAUUACUCACCACUGCUGCUCAUAACAGAACCCUAAAAUGUUUAAGAUUUCUGAUGCAAAUCAAAAUCUCAUCAUCACUGUCAUUGCUAAAUUAAAUGACAGGAUAAUAACAUUACAUUAAAACCAUUUUUCUCUUGAUUGAGUACCUUUUUCAGAAGUGAACCUUUUAGAUGUAUUUUUUCAUCAGUACUAUUAAUGUAUGUAGAAUCUGAGAUAAAAAUAGCUUUGAAAAGAGGAGGAGUGGGAUGUUUUCAAAUUAUUGGUGAGUCUCUUGAAUCUCAACCAUAUUUGACAGUUCAGUGCUGGGGAAUGGAAUAGUCUUGACUGAUUUAUUGAUGGUUUUAGAAGCACAUCGAGAGGCUCACAGGUUUAUCUUGGUCUUUCUUGAAACAACUGUGCACUCUGGCAUUAGUUCACGUCAUCCCACUGUAAACAGGCUGUUAGUGGCCUGGAGGAAUUGGCAUUGUUCUGUCACUCUAUUCUAAUAUAAUAUGAUCAUUUCAGAUAUAACACAAACCUAUAAUCACCUAAAACAGCCUAGAUCCUCAGCUGACUUUCCAUGGUGAGCUUACUUGGCCUUUCUUCCCCAUAUAAAGUUGACUCAUUUCUUUGGUCCCAUCUGCCACUCUUGGCCCCUUCUUUUGACCAGGCAACCAAACCUCAUUUCACUUAUCCCUAUGUUUGGAACUCCUACCAUUUGGAAGUCAGUCAUUUCUUUCCAUCCUUCAGAAAUGUUGUGUCCUCAAAUCUUGUCAUUAAAGUGAUGAAAAUACUGACCUGGAACAAAUGUCAUGUCAUUUUUGCCUCUGGUAAUACUGUCACGCACGAUUAGUCAUACCAUUAUGAGGGGGAUUGUGUUUAGCUUCUUGGUUAUGGUGAAGACUAUAUUUGACUUCUUGGUUAUGGUGAAGACCAUGCUCAGCUUCUUGGUUAUGGUGAAGAUUAUGUUUAGCUUCUUGAGAUGUCAGUGGAAACAGAAACAAGAUCAGCUGGGAACUGAUAAUAAUUGAAUCUGAGUGAUGAGUGAAUAGGAUAAGAGAGGUCUAGUUUUUAUCAUUGAUAUGUUCCAUAAUAAAAGUUAAAGCCUAAACUUAGCACUUGUGGCUCCAUUGUCUUAAGUAUGUGUUCUUUUUUGACAUAGUGCAUGAAAGACAUGGUACACAGGCUGGAGAAUCAAAGUCUGCUCCCAUCCCAUCCUCGUCUUACUUCGCGUUUGCCAAAAACUGGAGAAACUAUCCACGGACAUAAGUUUUUCAUUGGUUUUGGAGGAAAAGGUGCCAACCAGUGUGUCCAAGCUGCUCGGCUUGGAGCGAAGGCAUCCAUAGUGUGCAAGGUUGGCAAAGAUUCUUUUGGCAAUGAUUACAUAGAAAACUUAAAACAAAAUCACAUUUCUACAGAAUUUACAUAUCAGACCAGAGCUGCUGCAACAGGAGCUGCUUCUAUAAUUGUCGAUGAUGAAGGCCAGAAUAUCAUCGUCAUAGUGGCUGGAGCAAAUCUGCUUUUGAAUACUGAAGACUUGAAGAAGGCAGCCAGUGUCAUUAGCAGAGCCAAAGUGAUGAUCUGCCAACUCGAAAUCAGCCCAGCAACUUCUCUGGAAGCCCUGACAAUGGCCCGCAGCAGUGGAGUGAAAACAUUGUUCAAUCCAGCUCCUGCCACCGCUGACCUAGACCCCCAGUUCUAUACCCUCUCCAAUGUGUUGUGCUGCAAUGAAAGUGAGGCUGAGAUUUUAACGGGCCUUGCAGUGAAUAAUCCGACUGAGGCUGGGAAGGCUGCAUUGGUUCUCCUAGAACGGGGAUGCCAGGUCGUGGUCAUCACCUUAGGGGCUUCAGGAUGUGUGACACUGUCACAGACGGAGCCUGUUCCAAAGCACAUUCCCACAGAAGCAGUCAAGGCUGUGGAUACCACGGGUGCUGGUGACAGUUUCGUGGGGGCACUGGCCUUCUACCUGGCUUACUACCCAAAUUUGUCCUUGGAAGAAAUGCUCAAGAGAUCAAAUUUCAUUGCUGCAAUCAGCGUCCAGGCUGCAGGAACACAGGCCUCUUAUCCAUACAAAAAAGACCUUCCUCUUGCUCUAUUCUGACUGCUGCCAACCCCAAAUAUAACCUGGAAAUAAAAUGCACAUGGCCACUCAGCUCAUAA